GUAGUUUAUCAGAGAUCGCUGACGGAGCACAACCAGUUGUUUAUUUGCAGGCAGAAGUGCGCGCGCGAAUCAGCAGGUGCCGUUGCCGUCAAAAGCUGAUUUAAGUCUAGCCUACAAGACUGUAAUGUUCAGUGCGAAAAUAUGUUUCGGAUCCUUAUUUCCUGGAUACGAUUGGAUAUAUGAGGUUCGAUCGGUCAUCUGCCUUUACAGAUAGACUUCACCCAGCACCACCAGCACCACCUUUGCUUCUCCAAGCAUCAUGACUCUGUCCGUGUCCGGAGGGACUCUGCUGUUCACUCUCCUCCUCAUUAGCAGGUUGUUGGAGAACGCGUUGCUCAACGCUGAGGUGAAGGAAGGAGAGAUCCUCCCGCCCACCAUUCAUAAGCUGAUGAAAGGCUACAACAAGUACCUCCGGCCUUUCUUUGACAAUGGACCCGUAUCUGUGGGCAUGAGCUUGGACAUCGCCAGCAUUGACACCAUCUCAGAGAUCAACAUGGACUACACGGCCACCAUCUUCCUGCGUCAGCGCUGGACCGACGAGAGGCUGGUGUUCCAGGGGAACAAGAGCCUGAGUCUGGACGGACGCCUGGUGGAGCUGCUGUGGGUGCCCGACACCUUCAUCGUGGACUCCAAGAAGUCCUUCCUCCACGACAUCACCGUGGAGAACCGGCUCAUCCGCAUCUUCCCCAACGGCACCGUCCUCUACGCGCUGAGGAUCACCACCACGGUGGCCUGCAACAUGGACCUCACCAAGUACCCUAUGGACAAGCAGACGUGCACCCUUCAGCUGGAGAGCUGGGGCUACAACAUCAACGACCUGACCUUCCACUGGACCAGAGGGAACGAGUCUGUGAGCGGGCUGGACACCCUGAAGCUGGCCCAGUACACCGUGGAGGACCACUACACCUCUGUCUCUGAGGCCAUCUAUGAAACCGGCCACUACCCCAAGCUGGUGUUCCACUUCGAGCUGAAGAGGAGCAUCCUCUACUUCAUCCUGGAGACCUACGUGCCCUCCAGCCUGCUGGUGGUCCUCUCCUGGGUCUCCUUCUGGAUCUCACAGUCCUCCGUCCCUGCUCGCAUUUGCAUAGGGGUGACCACGGUGCUGACCAUGACCACCCUGAUGAUGGGGGCCCGCACCUCGCUGCCCAACGCUAACUGCUUCAUCAAGGCCAUCGAUGUGUACCUGGGCAUCUGCUUCAGCUUCAUCUUCGGGGCCCUCAUCGAGUACGCAGUGGCCCACUUCUGCACGCUCACCUACACCGAGUCCAUGUACGGCCACCACAUGCAUGAUGCAUUCGACGACGAGAUGAACGGCAUCAUCACCACCAUCGCCAGCAACUCCAACCGGGCCAAGAGACGCAAGGAGGCCAAUGCCGCCGCAAACGCCGCCGGCGCUAACGCCGCCCCGGUGGAGAUCGCCCUCACCCCGUCCAGCCCCUCAGGGAGCGAGCCCAGGCUGGAGGCCCCGCCCGAGGUGCCCCGCCACUGGUGCUUCACCGUGCUGGCCGUCCUGCGCAAGGUGCUCCGGCGGGCCAUGAACUGCUGCCACGUAGAGAACCCCCACUACAUAGACAACUACUCCCGGGUCACCUUCCCCCUGUCCUUCGUCAUGGUCAACCUGCUCUACUGGACCUACUACCUGUACUUCUAGCGGGACGCUCGCUAAGGGCGGGCUCUCGGGUUUGGGGUCGGUAGGGCAGUGUGCUGCACUAUGUAGGGAGAUAGUGUGUGUGUGUGUGUGUGUGUGUGUGUGUGCGUAUGUGUGUGUGUGUGUGUGUGUGUGUGUGUGUGUGUGUGUGUGUGUGUGAGGUUUUGUUCACUGUUCUGUUAUUUUCCGUAUUUUUCCACCAUGUGGUGUGUGUGUGUGUGUGUGUGUGUGUGUGUGUGUGUGCGUGGUCCCUGUCUGGUGAGUUGGCCGUAUCUGUAUGGGUCGGGGCAGAGACAAUGUAUUCCGAUUCAUCGGGGGCGAUUCCCGCGGGAGAAAAGUAGUGAUGAAUCAUUUUCCUAAUCUUAAUUUUGUAAUCAAUGGGCCGAUGGUGAUGUCUUCAUUGCAUAACAACAGCUGUGUCAGUGUUAACUGUAGCCUGAAUCAAUGCGCGUUCAGACUGUGUGUACAGAUGGUAUUGCAAUGGUGUGUGUCUGUUCACGAGACAUAUCUUGUGGCCUUGAUCCAUUCAGUAUUGUUUUAUGUCAAUUGCUACCCGGAUGGUUGCCAUGGAUGCCAGUGCUGUUUUAUCCAAAUCUGUAGCAAUGUAGGAUUUUGGUUUGAUAAUGGGUCUGUUUGUUUGUUUACCGGUCUGUUUGUUUGUUACCUGUGCCCCCCGCAGGCCAUGUGCAGCGCGAAUGGUGUGCUGAGCUGGGCUAGCCAGACCCCUAGGUUCAUGUGAGACACUGGAGUGUGGUGGAGGGUGCAGUAUUUCAACAGGAUGUCAUCAUCGGUGCAUUAUUCAGAAAGUGCACAGGAUCAGCCUCUGGCUUGAGGGCGUUUCGUGGCGUUUUGUCUCUGAUCGUAGCGUAGCUGUGUGGGUCCGCUGUCGUCCGGGCAACAAGAGAGAGCACGUACCGCUCUGCAUUCUGGGAAGACAAAGAUUACAAUUCACUCUUUUCGGUUCAUCUUCUUUUUGAAUUACUCUCCCCUUGACCGUGGAGAAUUUUUUCCGUCUUUUAUUUUGGUUGCUUUCUUUCAAUGUAUUCAAAGCAUCGUUCUCUGUCAGCAUGCAGUGAAGAGAUUGAACAUUACAAAUUUCAAAGUGAUGAAAUCCGGAUCAAUCAGUAAUGCAUGUUUAUUUCCUACUUCUAGUCAUUUCUGUUCCAUCCUCAUGCUCAAUUAAUGCAAGAAAAUAUUCAAUGAUGCAACCGGCCAUAAAGACAAAGACGAGUCUCUAUAGUUUCAACACAAAUUGCUUUUCAUUCGUUAUGUACAGAGUAUGAUACCAUAAUUUACCCACACAGGAAUUUGCAUUGUUAAUUGAAAGGCAUUAAUAUUACUCUUCAUACAAGUUUUGAUUUAUUAUUUUAAAGUUCAAUCAAAUAGAAGUCAAACACAGACUUGCUUUACUACUGAUUUCAAAUUAAUAUCUUCUUUAAUUCCUUUUUAUGCCUGAUUAUGACUUCCUGCUAAUGAGCUUUUGAUUUAUAUCUUAUAUUUUCUGCAUGCUUAUGAUGUGUCAUCUUCUUUUUCUUUUUUUUGCAUUUAACUCCCUCUCUGAUAAUUAACAAUUAAUUUCAGGAAUGUUAUGCCUAUAAUCUUGCCAAUGUCAUUAUCAUUGAUUCAAUGGAAUUACAUUUUUUGAACCACGUUUGCAUUGAAAUGAUGUGCUUGUAGGAUACAGAGACUCUUUCUACAUCCAAACGUAUGAACAUUGAAGCCCUAUGGAAUAACGCUCUUCAGAAUGAGGUGAAUGACGACUCAAUGAAAAGAAUAAUGUGAAUAUUGACUUAGACUUAAAGGUCUGAUAGGACUUGGACUAGUUAACUUCUUGCAGAAUAAAACUGUUGAUGAGAGCCACAAUAUAGCCAAAGAACAACAGGUCACAAUCCACUAGGAUACAAACUCAACAUUUCCUCGUCUGCCGAUGCGGUCACCCUUGACCAUUGGAAGGGUUCUUGAAAGCAUGAUUCAACAGCAAAAUCUUCAGUGCUUCACACAUUGAAGGGACACCCAUUUGAGUUGGUGAGUGACGUUUAAGGAAGGGUGGGGCUUUGAAGAACAAGAAAGAUGCAAAACGGCCGUUUAGGAAAUAUAUAUAUAUUUUUUUCUUUUCUGGAAAAGUGGACAAUUGUCAAAGGCGGAUGGAAAAAAUGGUACACUACACAUUUUUUUCUGUUCUUGGACAACGUCAAGUAGAAUCUUCCGAUAUUGCUGGUUGUUUAUCUAAUUGUUUUGGCACAUCUUCCAGUGACAUGUAUUUAUAUUAUAUAAUGUUAUGAAGGAAUUUUGGUUGGCUUAAACUAUGUACAAAUGUAAUAACACUCUGCAUGGAAAUUUGAUGUAUGAAUACUAAUCAUAGUAAUAAAAACGGUAAAACUUG